AUAAAUGAAAUCUUGUUGUCGUUGUUGUUGUUGUUUCUAUGCUGAUCCGCCAGUUUCGUGCCCAGACUUUCCCCGGUUCAUCGGCCCUGAAAGGCGGUGGAUCCCCCCCACCUGCUGCCGAAGGAUCCAAUUUGUGGAGGUGGGAGAGAGAAAGAGAGAAGCACAUGAUCUGAUUGGAUAGAUGAGAGCUUUCUCUUUAGAAAAAACUGCUGCUUUACGGCUGAGGUUGGUGUUUUCGGUUCACUCUGGGGAAGAGGUUGUGUGGGCAUGUUCCAAGCUGUUGUGAUCUUGUGGUUGGCCACUGGUUGGGCUGCAGCUCAUCCAUGUCCUGAUGGCUCCGAGUGCUUGGAUGAAGAAACCUGCUGCAAGUCCGGUGUUGAGACAUAUGCUUGCUGUCCUAUGCCAGAUGCGGUGUGCUGCUCAGAUGAAUUGCAUUGUUGCCCCGCUAAUACCACCUGUGAUCUGGUCCAUUCAGCCUGCAUUCAAGGUUUCAAUCUUGUGUCUUGGGUAAAGAAAAUGCCAGCAAACUAUCCAGCAACUACCAAGGCUGUUUGCUGUGGUGAUGAGCAGCACUGCUGUCCUGAAGGCUUCAGGUGUGAAACUGGGGGGAAUUCCUGCAUUAAAAUCAGUGGUGAAAAUGAAAAAGCAGUGAUUUGCCCAGACGGGGCAUCUGAAUGCCCGGACGGCUCAACGUGCUGUUUGUUGCCAAAUGAUCAAUGGGGUUGUUGUCCAUUGGAAAAGGCCGUGUGUUGUAAUGACCGACUGCACUGUUGUCCUUUUCAAACAAAAUGCGAUUUGAAAAUGUCCAAGUGUUUGUUUCCGUACGGUCUGGUGGACAUGUGGGAAAAAGUUCCAGCUCGCAGGAGAUUUUCUUUAACAAAUGUUGGAGAUCAGGAUGUGCGGUGCAGCUCCACAGCGAGUUGCUCUGCUGGCCACACCUGCUGCCAGCUCCCCUCGGGCCGGUUCGGGUGCUGUCCCUCACCAGAAGCAGUUUGCUGUGCUGACCACAGACAUUGCUGUCCCACUGGCUCCACAUGUGACACUCAGGCAGAAACCUGUCAGAUGAAAGGUUCUUCCAUCCCAUGGCUCACCAAGGUCCAGGCCACUGUGAGAGGCAAUGUGGAGUUAGAUGUCCAGUGUGAUGGCACUGUGUCCUGUCCCACGGGUGCCACCUGCUGCAGGGCCAGUUCUGGAGGUUGGAGCUGUUGCCCUCUGCCUCAGGCAGUUUGCUGUGAGGAUCAUAUACACUGUUGUCCUACUGGCCAUACGUGUAACCUUACGAAAGGAACCUGUGAUGUGCCCGGUUUUCCCAUCCCCUGGUUCACCAAGAAUCCAGCGACUGUGAAAGACAACGAGGCGUUAAGCGUCAUGUGUGAUGAAAUCGCUAGUUGUCCUUCAGGGACCACCUGUUGCAGAAAACCCUCGGGAUAUUGGGGCUGCUGCCCUAUGCCUGAGGCGGUUUGCUGUGAGGACCACAUUCACUGCUGUCCUAAUGGCUACACGUGUGAAACUCGGACAGAAACCUGUCAGCAGCAAAUCCCUCCUAUCCCCUGGGUGUCAAAGUUCCCAGCAACCGUGCGAAGGAUUGAAGACGAGAUGGCUGAUGUGCAGUGUGAUGGCACUGUGUCCUGUCCCACGGGUGCCACCUGCUGCAGGGCCAGUUCUGGAGGUUGGAGCUGUUGCCCUCUGCCUCAGGCAGUUUGCUGUGAGGAUCAUAUACACUGUUGUCCUACUGGCCAUACGUGUAACCUUACGAAAGGAACCUGUGAUGUGCCCGGUUUUCCCAUCCCCUGGUUCACCAAGAAUCCAGCGACUGUGAAAGACAACGAGGCGUUAAGAGUCAUGUGUGAUGAAACCGCUAGUUGUCCUUCAGGGACCACCUGCUGCAGAAAACCCUCGGGAUAUUGGGGCUGCUGCCCUAUGCCUGAGGCGGUUUGCUGUGAGGACCACAUUCACUGCUGUCCUAAUGGCUACACGUGUGAAACUCGGACAGAAACCUGUCAGCAGCAAAUCCCUCCUAUCCCCUGGGUGUCAAAGUUCCCAGCAACCGUGCGAAGGAUUGAAGACGAGAUGGCUGAUGUGCAGUGUGAUGGCACUGUGUCCUGUCCCACGGGUGCCACCUGCUGCAGGGCCAGUUCUGGAGGUUGGAGCUGUUGCCCUCUGCCUCAGGCAGUUUGCUGUGAGGAUCAUAUACACUGUUGUCCUACUGGCCAUACGUGUAACCUUACGAAAGGAACCUGUGAUGUGCCCGGUUUUCCCAUCCCCUGGUUCACCAAGAAUCCAGCGACUGUGAAAGACAACGAGGCGUUAAGAGUCAUGUGUGAUGAAACCGCUAGUUGUCCUUCAGGGACCACCUGCUGCAGAAAACCCUCGGGAUAUUGGGGCUGCUGCCCUAUGCCUGAGGCGGUUUGCUGUGAGGACCACAUUCACUGCUGUCCUAAUGGCUACACGUGUGAAACUCGGACAGAAACCUGUCAGCAGCAAAUCCCUCCUAUCCCCUGGGUGUCAAAGUUCCCAGCAACCGUGCGAAGGAUUGAAGACGAGAUGGCUGAUGUGCAGUGUGAUGGCACUGUGUCCUGUCCCACGGGUGCCACCUGCUGCAGGGCCAGUUCUGGAGGUUGGAGCUGUUGCCCUCUGCCUCAGGCAGUUUGCUGUGAGGAUCAUUUACACUGUUGUCCUACUGGCCAUACCUGUAAUCUUAAGAAAGGAACCUGUGAUGUGCCCGGUUUUCCCAUCCCCUGGUUCACCAAGAAUCCAGCGACUCUGAAAGACAACAAGGCAUUAAAUGUCAUGUGUGAUAAAACCGCUAGUUGUCCUUCAGGGACCACCUGCUGCAGAAAGCCCUCGGGGUAUUGGGGCUGCUGCCCUGUGCCUGAGGCAGUCUGUUGUGUGGACCAUGUGCACUGCUGUCCUCGAGGGUUAACGUGCAGUGAUAUGAAGUGUGAAGGUAAUGGAGAAACACUUCCUUGGCUUACUAAGAUACCAGCCACAGAGAAACUUUCUGCUCCAGGUAUCAAAUGUGAUGAGAAGACAAUAUGUCCACCAGAGAAUACCUGCUGCAAACAGAGCUCAGCAGAGUGGAGCUGCUGUCCUUUGCCUCAAGCUGUGUGUUGUGAGGAUCGUGAGCAUUGUUGUCCGAAGGGUUACACUUGUAAUGUUGGUGCUGGUACCUGUGAGAAGCAAAGCCUCUCUCUACUCUGGGAAGUCCAGAGAGCGUCUCUCUCUGCCAGUGACCGCAAUCUCCCUAUAGUGAUGUGUGAUGACACCCACCAUUGCUCUUCUCCUGCCACUUGCUGUCGGUCUGCGUCAGGCUGGGCUUGCUGCCCCUACGAACAAGCUGUGUGCUGUGGGGACAGGUUCUGCUGCCCACAGGGUUAUGUCUGUGAUGGGGCACUGAGAGAAUGUGUGAAGAAACCUCGCCUGAAUUGGAAUUUGUUAAUUUCCAAACAUAAAAAGACCUUUGGUACUCUGUGAUGCUCGGGUACCUUCUCUCCCAUGUUAUGCAGCCAAUGAAAUGCACUUGUUCUUCUGGAGCCUUUUGAACUCAUAAUUGCUUCUUGAUUUUUUUUCUAAUAGAUUUGAUUAUAACUUUUAAUAAUGAAGCUCUUGGUCAAGUGUGGCAUUGUGGUAGGUAAAGCUGAGAAAGCUCUCCUGCACACCACACCAUUUAACCACUCGUCUUUAAUCUUCUGAGUUUAUAAAUAUCUUUCCUCUGUUACUGUACUGACUUCUGUCUCUGCACAGUACACGGGUGUAGAAUAUAUAAGAAACUUGCACUGCAAACUGUCUCCCAGGGAUGUCUAAUGUAAAUCUGCAAGAGGAAGGAUUAUUAAUUCUUCUCGGUGUUGCUAUUUUAGGGUCUAAAAAUGUAAACAAGCCAAAUCUCUCUCUAGUGAAUCAAUAAUUAUUACAUUUCAAUUUAAAUACUCAAUGUUUUAGAUAAUUUACCAUCUCCUCUUUUACGAAUCAUUCAAAUUUACUGUUAACAUUUCCCCAUGUGUAGCUAAUUACUUUCUCAAAGUUUUUGCACAGCCCAGCAAUGCACUGGGCUUCCUUGUGAAUUGAUCUUAACCCUAUUACAACCUGUCUCUAAAAAAAUGUUCCCAUUCCCCAGCUCAGACCUCAGUUGACUGAAGUGCUUUGAGACGUCCUCCCGACAUGAAAGUUACUCAAUAAAUGUAAAAUUGGUGCAUUGUGUCUAAGCGUAUGGCAUAAUUCCUUACAACAGCCUGACCCCAGCAGCUCUGGUCUCCCAACAGCCUGACCCCAGCAGCUCUGGUCUCCCAACAGCCUGUCCCGAGCAGCUCUGGUUUCCCAACAGCCUGACCCCGGCAGCUCUGGUUUCCCAACAACCUGACCCCGGCAGCUCUGGCCUUUCAAGUGAUCGAGACAACUCAAAAGUUCUUCACGGGAUAUACAGUAGAUUGACUGUAUUUUGUGAGUGAAAACAUAUUGAUUUGAGAACUGUCACUGCACUGAAAACCUUUGGUCUUUCGCUCCAAAUAAUGGAAGUCUCAUAUUCCUAAAGGUUGGCUACACCACUUUGUAUAAAAUUCCUAUAAAAAUAAUCUUAUUCCAUCUAUUCCUGCUUCAGCAAUAGUGGAUAUGGAUCUGGAGACCUGUAGCUCAGUGGUUAGAGCACUCGGUUUGCAAGUGAGAGACCCGAGUUCAAUUCCAGGCCGGGCGAAACCUUGGGCAAGUUUCCUUACGCCACACACCUGAUAGUAAUUCCUCCAAAACAAAAUAAUAAUAAAUUGGUCAUUUUCAAUCCACGACUAUUUGUGGGACAUUGCUGUGUGCAAUUGGCUGCCGCGUUUCACCCACAAAUAUACAGUCAAUUCACUUUACAGUCUAUUCUGUGAAGCGCCUUGAGACGUCGAGAAGCGCUAUAUCAAAUGCAAGGAUUAUUAUGUAAACAAAUCCUAUCACAACUGCUCAGUUCUACUUUGUGUGUGUUGAAAGCUUGAUCUAUUAAAGAACCUAAUAAAAUA